GUCAUUCUUUCUGUCCAUCAAUAAUUCAUUCACACUGGAUACCUGUCUUAAAUUGUUGAGUCGCUAGAGGUGUGAGCAAACCUCGGGCCGGAGGGUGUGACAUCAAGGUAGUCGGGGCCAGGUGUAUAGCCGAGGCACGGGGAAAACAGUGAAAAGCUGGUGUUACAGGGAAUCUGGUGGAAUUCUCAUAAUCAGAUAUGGAACUUUUGGGCUCCACCCAGACUGCUACUUAUGCACGACCCAGAACAAGCAACUUUCUCCCUGCUAUAUCCACAAUGGCUUCCAGCUAUAAGAGCCAUUACCCCCAUUUUGCUCUGACCCAUAGUAUUAACCAGCCCUGGCGAACCAAUAUGUUCUACAAAACGGCAAGUGCCAUUCCCACACUGGCCUCUAUUCAGCGGGUUCCCCCAGACCUCACGAAAGCAAAAGUGAAUUUCUACCCUUCCAAUCGGUCGGCCCUUGUGAAUCGCUACACUCCAGACGACUGGCACAAGUCGAACCAGAGCAACUACAGGGAGUCCGAGUCCUCCAGGCACAGCGCGGAGAGGCUACGGAGAGACACCACGAGACUCAUCCAGGACAAGGAGCAGCUGACUAGGAGAAACCAGGAGUCCACUAACAAAAACAUCGGGGAGCGGAUCAACGACAUUGCCUUCUGGAGGUCAGAGCUGACCCACGAAACGGGAAACAUGAUUGGGGAGAUCAACACUCUCACAGAUGUGAAGAAGAGACUGGAGCGGGCACUGGCUGAGACAGAAGGACCGUUGCAGGUAGCUCAAGAGUGCUUGUACCACAGGGAGAAAAGGAUGUCCAUCGACCUGGUCCAUGAUGAAGUGGAACAAGACUUACUGAAAGAGGUUGAGAUGAUCAAGUCCUGCCAGGAAAGAAUGAGGCGCCAUCUGGACAGGGUGAAUGCUCAGCUUGCGUCCAACAGGGCAGCGCAGCACGAGCUGGAGAGAGACGUCAAUGACAAAGCAGAGGCCCACCGGAUCGAUGACAAGUGUCACCAGCUGAGAAAUACCUCCGAUGGAAUCAGCUACUACAGAGGCGUGGAGAGGCUGGACCCUUCACUUUCAAUACCUGAUUCCUGGGCCAAGUUUACAGAUAAUAACAUUCUCCGAUCCCAGAGUGAGCGAGCAGCAUCUGCCAGACUUCGGGAUGAAGUAGAAAUCCUUCUAAACACCACUUCCAAUGAGAUGUGGAACCAGUUCAACACUGUGAAUGUGGCUUUCACCAAUCGCAUGGCCGAGACCGCCGACGCCAAGAACAACCUGCAGACGCACUUGGCUAAGACACUGCAGGAAAUCUUUCAGACAGAGAUGCUCAUUGAGACCCUGAAGAAGUCCAUCCGGGACAAGGAAAGUCCUCUGAAAGUGGCCCAAACCCGCCUGGAGGAGCGGACCAGGAGGCCCAACGUCGAGCUGUGCCGUGACAACCCCCACCACCGGCUGGUGAGUGAAGUCAGGGAGAUUGGAGACACUAUACAGAAGCUGAAGGAGAGGCUAAGAGACGCAGAGGACACCCUACAGACGCUUGUCCGCACCAAAGUCUCCCUGGAGCAUGACCUGUCGGUGAAGGCUAACUCCCUGUUCAUCGACCAGGAGAAGUGUAUGGGCAUGAGGAAAAGUUUUCCCAGCACGCCCCGCCUGGUGGGCUACACAUAAAUGAUGUAGUCUAAACUGCAGCAAAACAGCCAUGCAGUCUACUUUAAGGUUCACAGUAAAUGGAAGAGCGUGCACUUUAAACAGACACAGAGAAUGUAGUAUGCAGAAUAUAUUGCAAGAAUUGCACAAACCCAGUCCAGUAGAUUUUAUAGGUCUCUUUAAAUUGUAAAUGGCUAAAAACCUUUACAAAUGUUUAAUUAGUGCAAUUAAAAUAAUUAUGAAUCCAAUUAAAGCAGUUAGGAGCUCUGCUGGGAUGAAAAGCAGAACACCUUAAAGAUCAGGAGAUCUGGAAUUGUUGAUCACUUUUGGCUGUGAUUUUUUUUCUUUAAUUCUCUUGCUUCUUGCUUGUUGGUGUUCCUGGAGGUCUAAUGGAGCUGGGAUUGCUGUUGUAUGUAAAAUGAUAACCGAAGAACAGCGCGUGUACUCUACCCAACCAGGCAGAGGAUUAAAUUAAUUACACUCUGAACUGACAUGUUGACGUCCUAAUCCUCACUGUACACAAACUUUUAAGUUAUGCGUUAAGUGCACAUUUCAUAUAUGGUCAUGACUCUCAGGAUGAUUUACGUAAAUGAAAGAGAAAAUUUGAAGAAAAAAAAACAUAAUCUAUAAAAUUAACUUGAAAGUAAAUCAAAUUCUAAGUUGGUACUAUUUUUACAUUUUUGUUACUUGUACAGACUUACUGUACAUUCAGGGUUGUAAAAGCAUUCCAUAAUGUUAAUGAUCAGACUGAAAUAAGAGCGAAACCAGAGGGGAGACACACUUAAGAGAUAAAGGUAACAUUUAUUGACUCCACCUUAAAAUUGAAUUCUUUCCUUUUGGUUCUAACACACCUAAUAGUUUCACCGAAAAUGAGUUUCCUGAGUGCCAGCACUGGUGAGUUGAAUUCGAUAAUAUGAUCAGAUGUAGGGGACUGAACGACAACAAGAUUUUUAGCAAACUUACUUGGGUUGCAAAAAAAAGAGGAAUUGUCUUCAGUGAAACCAUAUACAGUAGUUUUCUUUUCACUUAUUAAUCAUUGGCAAUGCCAGGAAAAAAGUAUUUUCUUCCUGCCUUGGCAAUGAAAAGAAAUUCUUUAUAUCCUAAUUAUUUGUAUUUAUUAUGUUUUAGCAGUACACUGUACUUUGUAAGUAGAGUAAAUACUCCCAACAAAAAGUGUUUUUAUUUCCUAGUGUCUUGCAGGUGUCGUUGACAGUUCUGUCCUGCGAGCCAUCAGUCUCUGUUUAUUCCUAGAGACCUGACAAUCUCAAGUGUCUGCAAUACAAACAUUUGUUUUGGAGGCAGAUGUGUCUUUAAUCUUUAAACUAACAUCAGGCAAAAACGUAACAUGUGUCAGGCAAAAGAAAAACACCUCUGUGUGUGCUUACUAGAAAUGAACUUAAUUUAUGUUCUUCACUCUAAUGCACUUAAUCUAGAAUCACUUAUCUGAUUUAUAAAAAAAAAACAGCAUCAACUGAUGCCAGAAAUGCAAUUAACAUUUUUGGAAAACAUACCGGAUUCCUAAGGAUGAGAGUAGUCUAGCCAGAAAAACGAUGUGACGAUCCUCAGAAAUAUAAACGUUACAUCAGUGUAGAAUCAGUGUAGCUGUGUAGUUCUAUGCUGUAAUGUGAGUUAUUUGCAAUAUUAACUUGUGCAACUAUUCACCAUGGGCAGCUGGGGUGUGUUUGUACGGGAUUUUGUAAUAUGAGUUUAUCUCUCUAAGGCGGCUUUGCUAAAACACCCACAACGGAGUGGUGCAACUUUAUGUCUUUUUAUUGACAAUUACAUGGCAAUUUACAGAUUUUUAAUACGCAUUUGUACGGAAUUCCAUAGAAAGAUCCUGUAAGUCAAUUUUGAGACACCAGUGAAUGAUGAAAUAUUUUAAGAUAAAUGAACCAGUCAUCCUACCCGCCCCAUUUUAGUUCUAACAUCCAUGGUUUCAAAGGGCAAAAUAUUUUUUACCACGUCUUUGAACACACAAGGAGAUUUAUAUGAUAAUAUAUACUGUAUAUAUAGUGUAUAGUAUACAGUAUGUAAUAUAUGAAAGGAGACAUGAAGACAUUAACAAAAUAGUUGGUCAACCUUUUGCUGCCUAACAGCCUUUGGGUCCUGGGGUGUUGAUUGGACGUCUACAUGGAAUUUGUAUGUUGCCCUCAUGUCCAAGUGGGUUUAAUAGAUGUGUGUGUUCCCUGAGAUGGUCCCUACCAGGGUGUAUCCCUCCUAGUGCUCUGUGCCUAUGACGUUGGGCUCAGCUGACCGCAACCCUUUAAGUAGAGAACGGUGUCCAUUGAUGAAUGUAUGGAUUGUUCUCAGCUAUAAUCAGUUUGACAAACAAUUAGUUAAUAAAAUAUCGCCGAACAUAAAAGAAGUGAAAUAAAGAAUUGAAUAUUUAAAAAAA